AAUGGCCGGCCGCACGGAAGUGGUUUUGUUUCGGUCUCUACCCACAAUAGUAUGUGAGAAAUGAGAGCUUUUACGUAUUUAAGAUUCAGUUAGCUCCCUUAAAGGUGUUUUGUAUUUAUUUAAGAAUAUUUUAUUUUUUGUUAAUAUUAUUUUGUUUUCGCCCGAACUAAACGAAAGAUAGCGAGCUAGCUUGUUAGCUAGGUCUAUUAUCGCAAGCAGCCAUGCCGUCCUACUCUGAGCUGAGGAAAACCAACCACUUCUACUACUUCAUCAAAUUCACCUUAAAUGUCUACUCUAUGCUCUUCUCGCUGAUGGGUCUGUGUGUGCUGUGUGUGGGAGUGUAUGCCGAAGUGGAAAGGCAGAAGAAUCGAACCCUGGAGGGUCUUUUCCUGGCUCCCGCAGUGGUGCUCAUCCUGCUGGGUCUGGUGAUGUUCACUGUAUCAGUGGUGGGCAUGGUUGGAUCCCUCAGGGACAACAAGACCCUGCUGCACAUGUUCCUCUGUGUUCUCUGUGUGCUGCUGCUCCUCCAGGCCAUUGCCCUCACCGCAGCGCUUAUCUUUGAAAAGAAGACGUCUGCCUUGUUUCAGAGUAGUAUACGAGAAGGAAUCAAACACUAUUACGAUGACCUCGACUUCAAAAACAUCUUGGACUAUGUGCAACAAAAGUUUUCAUGUUGCGGAGGGGAUGAGUAUAAGGACUGGGGAGUCAAUCAGUACCAUUUCUGCAAUGGUACUGGUCCACUAGCCUGUGGGGUUCCAUAUACCUGCUGUGUUCAACGCAAGGUGGGAGAGGUCAUCAACACCUUGUGUGGUUACAAGACUCUGGAUCAAGAGCGUGAAACCCUGCAUGAGUUGAUCCAUGUGCGAGGCUGCAUCCACGCAGUCAACCUCUGGAUGAGUGACAACAUUGGAAUAACCAUUGCACUCUGCUGCGCCAUCGGGCUGCCACAGCUGCUGGGCAUCAUCCUGAGCUGUGUCUUCUGGAACCUGCUGGUGGACAUGAGCGAGUCGGCCGACAUGGUGGACUUCAGGCUGAAGAAGUCAGAGUUUGAGUACAGCGAGCUGGACCUGGCCGGUGCCGGUUGGUGCAUGUGCCUGCCGAGGGACGGCGGCUACCUACCCGUCCCCGCCUCUGAGCCCGAACUCGACCCCAUUGACGUUCACCUGGAGAAGCUCAAGAAGCAGCCGCCUCGUACACACUCUCAGCUUCGAGAAAUGCAGCAGUCCAGAUCGGCCACCGGGCUGGACGAGGUAGACGUUGGCCGGAAGCAGAAAAGGGAACACUGAACGGUCUUCUUUUGCCCUGUCCUGCCUUUUGGGUUUUUGCCUUUUUUUUCUGUCAUUGUAAUCAUUUCAUUAGUUAGAGUUGUGUUGCACUACUUAAUGGUUGAACCUGUCAGUCAUUGGAUCAAGAGAAAUUUGGUCAGCUAAAGGGAUCAGAAGUACUUUGGCACUUUGUUGAUGAAUUUGUUUACAACAAAAUUUGUAACCUGCAACAUUGGCUUUUUUUUUAAAGCAACAUUUCUUCUGUCUUAUCUGUUGCUUUUCGAGGAUUUAUGGCAUUAUAUCAUAUUUUAUUUACAUUUUUAGCCUUUGAAAUUGAGCUAUGUCUCAUGUGCUAAAGCUUACCUCAGGCUAUUUUGAAAAUAGCCCAUAGUCAGAGGACAGUACUCUUUGGUGUAUAAAUUAAUGGUAGCUUGAAAAGGUGUUUUUCAGUGUCGGAGAAAUAGGAAUAGCCAAGUACGUCUUGCGUGUAGCGUCUGUGAAGGAUGUAUACAGUUGUGUAUUAUUUGAUUUUUAUUAUGAUUUCAAUUUGAUUUUGUGCAAUCGGUGUACAUUGUAAGACUGAUAGUUGUGGAAUAACAUGGGAUGCAUGUUUUGUACUGUAUAUGAAGUAAGUUUAAAGAAAAAAAAAACUCAGUCUACAUGUCAGGCUCUCAUCGGGGGGCUUCAGUCUUUUCCAUUUUUUUAACUAAACUUUUUAUUCCUCUCAUCUUUUAAAUGAACAACUAAAGGGAUUGUCCAGACUACAAAUCCAGUGAAAAGCAACUCUGACAGUUUUUGUAUCUGAGUUAUGCACUGUUUUGAGCUUCCCCCUAGCUCCUGCCUUGUAUCAACACUACUGUUCUUGUCAAUAAAGCUGAAUUUGUCUACUGGC